AAUUCCCAAACUUCUCUUAUCUCUGUUAGCCGAACAAGCCUUCUUUCUCUUUUUUCUAUCUCGAGUGCCUGAUCCACUCUCUUGCAUUCAAGUUUCCGACAGACCAUGAAGGUGAACGAGGCCGAUUCAACUACGGAUGACCUUGAGCCUCUAUUCGAUUACCGCCGUGUUCAACCCCUAAAUAUCGUUUGCAUCGACGAUGACUGUGCAGAUACUUCACCAAUUCCGUCUCCAAAACGGAGGAAAUGCCCUAAACCCGGUGUUGCAGAAGUAGAUUCGGAUAAAGAUGUUGAACUGAUAAAGGUUGUGAAUGUUGAAGAGGAGGAUUGGUUGGCUCCCCCUCCAAUGGUUUCAAGUAAUGCUCAUAGCAAGAUUGGUGAGGAUUCAACCAUAAAAGAGUUAAGGAGAAGGAAGCAGGAAUUGCUUUCACUAGCACAAUCUGCAAAAACCAUGUUGCUAGAAGCAGAGGAAUCUACAAAACGAGAACCGAGUGAUUCGUUGAAACCUUCUUCAGAUGCUGUAGCUGAGCAACCAACAAUUCCUGCCUCUGAAAGGGCCAAAAUAGUUAUUUCGAUCCAGAACAAGGAUGAAGUGAAGCAAUUUCGUGUAUACACGGAUGAUAAGUUUGAGAAGCUCUUCAGGUUGUAUGCCAAUAAAGCUAAGCUUGACCUGCAAAGCCUAGCGUUCUCUUUUGAUGGUGAUAAAAUUAAUGUGGAUGCAACUCCUGCAAGUCUAGAAAUGGAAGAUGAUGACAUAAUCGAGGUGCAUGUGAAGAAGUGCUGAUCGAGGUGUUCAUAUUCGAAUUGGAUAUAAGAUGGUACUUCUAAGGAUUAUUGAUGUACAUUAGGCAUGAAUUUGACUAGCAUAGCUUAAAUGACUUAUUGGAUAUGUGUACGACU